UUCACCAGUAGCAGACCAGUCACAAACAUUUCAGUCUUUUUAACUCGUCCGUGGGGCAGCGUUAUCAAUGCCCUGCCCUCUCUGCCCAUCCCUGCCCGCUCUCCCGAAAUUCCUCUAUCUCUACAACCCCAACUUUCCCUUUACUCUCUCGCGACAUCUCUCUCUCUCUCUCUCUCUCUCUCUCUCUCUCUCUCUCUCUCUCUCUCUCGUUUGUUAAAUUGAAUACUUCACUACCCUCUGUUGUAAAUUUAUAAAAGAUCGGUGAAUUGAUGUUUUGCUGUUGAAAUUGAGUUAACGAAGCUAGGGUUUUUGUAUAUUUUGUGAGCGAUCGACGGUUUUUUGAGGGUUGAGGAAAUUGGGGAUUUUUAACUAGGGUUAGAGGAAUUGGAUGGUAUAAUUGAUGGUUGAGGGGGAAGGAAUAGGGGAAAAUGCAAGGGGAAUUUUAUUAUGCAUGGGAUUGGGAGGAUACAGAGGGAUUGUAAAAGGAGGAGUGGUGGUGGUGGUGGUCAGCACAUGCCGGCGACGAUUACAAGGAGGACUGUAGCCGCCGGUGAUUCUCCUCUUGUUUCUACUGUUACUGCUGAUUCCUUUUGCAAGGACGGUCGCAAAAUUAGUGUUGGAGAUUGCGCUUUGUUUAAACCACCACAUGAUUCACCACCUUUCAUUGGAAUAAUCCGUAGACUAACAUUGAGUCAAGAUAAUAAUUUGCAAUUAGGUCUUAAUUGGCUCUAUCGUCCUGCUGAGCUGAAGCUUGGCAAAGGCAUCCUGCUGGACACCACACCCAACGAAAUCUUUUAUUCCUUCCAUAGGGAUGAGAUUCCAGCUGCAUCAUUACUCCAUCCAUGUAAAGUUGCAUUCCUUCCUAAAGGGGCUGAACUUCCAACAGGAACAUCCUCAUUUGUCUGCAGGCGGGUUUAUGACAUUCAAAACAAGUGUUUAUGGUGGUUAACUGAUCAAGAUUUUAUUAACGAGCUACAAGAAGAGGUAGAUCAGCUGUUAUACAAGACACGAGCAGAGAUGCAUGCAACAGUGCAGCCUGGUGGUCGUUCUCCUAAACCAAUGAAUGGCCCUAUAUCAUCAUCACAAUUGAAACCUGGUUCUGAUAAUGUACAAAGUAGUGUAACUUCUUUUCCUCCACAAGUCAAGGGAAAGAAAAGGGAGCGGGGAGAACAGGGUUCUGAAUCUAUUAAGCGUGAACGUUCAGUUAAAUCUGAUGAUAGUGAAAGCAUCUUGAAAUCUGAAAUUUCUAAAAUAACGGAAGAAGGAGGGCUUGUGGACAAUGAAGGGGCUGCAAAACUUGUUCAGCUCAUGCAACCAGAUAGAUUGGACAGGAAAAUGGAUUUGAUUAGUCGUUCAAUGCUUGCAAGUGUUGUAGCUGCGACUGACAAGUUUGACUGCCUUGACAGGUUUGUGCAGCUAAAGGGUUUGCCUGUGUUAGAUGGGUGGCUUCAAGAUGUUCGUAAAGGAAGGAUUGUUGAAUUUAGUAAUAGUAAGGACGGUGAUAAACCAGUUGAGGAAUUUCUCUUGGUUUUGCUGCGUGCACUUGAUAAGCUUCCUGUGAAUCUUCAAGCACUACAGAUGUGCAAUAUUGGUAGAUCUGUUAAUCACUUGCGCCAACAUAAAAACAUUGAGAUCCAGAGAAAGGCACGGAGCUUAGUUGACACAUGGAAGAAACGUGUAGAAGCUGAAAUGAACGUCAUUGAUGCUAAGUCUGGUUCAAAUCAAGCUGUCACAUGGCCCUCAAGAUCACGGUUGCCCGAGGCUUCUCAUAGCGGCAACAAAAAUCCUGGUGGUUCUAGUGAUGCAACAAAGAGCUUAGUUACACAGUUUUCUGCAUCUAAAACGACCUCAAUUAAGCCUACACCAAUGGAAACUAGCAUAAAGUCUGAGUCCUUAUCCCCAAGCUCCAUAAAACAAGCAUCAUCUCCUUCAUCUGGAAAAGUGGGUCAGCCAAGAGUUUCAGCUGUUGGUUACUGUGAUGUUCAUCUAGCAAAGGAAGAUAAAAGCAGCAGUUCUAGCCAGUCUCACAAUCACAGUCAAUCCUUCUCAGGGAAAGAGGACGCAAGGAGUUCAACUGCAGUGUCAAUGAGCAGCAUCAAGAUCUCUAAUGGUGGUUCUCGGCACCGCAAAUCAAUAAAUGGUGGUCAUGGAUCAUCAGUAUCUGGAGGUCAAAAAGAAAGUUCUACAAACAGAAAUUCUUCAUUGCACAGAAACCCUAGCACUGAUAAGUUGCUGCAGUCUGCAUUGAGUGGUGAAAAAACAGUUCAUGUGCCUGCUGUUGAGGGGAGUAGUCACAAAUUGAUAGUUAAGAUUUCUAACAAGGGUCGCAGUCCUGCCCGGAGUGCUAGUGGAGGAUCAUAUGAAGACCCUACCAUCAUGAGCAGCCGAGCUUCUUCUCCUGCGUUUUCCGAAAAGAAUGAUCAGCCUGAUCGUAAUUCUAAGGAGAAGACUGAUGCAUAUCGAUCAAAUGUUACUUUUGACGUGAAUGGAGAAUCAUGGCAGAGCAAUGUCUUGAAAGAUGUUCUCACUGGAUCUGACGAAGGUGAUGGAUCACCUGUUGCUAUUCCGGAGGAAGAGCGAAGUAAAACUGUUGGUGAGGGCAGGAAAUCAGCUGAAGUUGCAAAAGCUGCUUCUUCAUCAUCAGGAACGGAACUGAAGUCAGCGAAACUGCACGAAGCUUCUUUCAGCUCCAUGAAUGCAUUGAUUGAGAGUUGUGUAAAAUAUUCUGAAGCAAACACGUCCAUGUCACUAAGUGAUGCUGUUGGAAUGAAUCUGCUUGCCAGUGUGGCUACUGAAGAAAUGUCCAAGUCAGAGAGGGUUUCACCUUCUAUUUCUCCACAAGGAGAAAGUCCUUCAGGUGAAGAGACUGGCACAGGUGAUGAGCUUAAGUCAAAGUCAUCUCCUGUAGAUAGUUCUUCUGGUGACCUUAUUGGGCAAAAUGACGGUGAUGGUAAUGGUGGUAAAGAGAAACAGUUAAUUGCUGCUAGUACUUCGUGGUCUGAGGGCAAACUACAUGCUUACAGAAGUGCAGUGACGGAGUUUACCGGAGAUAGAAGACCCACUUCAUCUCCUUCUGAAGAAAAAACUACGGGAGAGUGCUUCAACUCUUCCUGCAUUGGUUCGCAGACAGCUGGAGAUUUAAAAUCAGAUGUUAAUGGGAAGUUGGGUGAGAUGGAAAAGUCUGCUGCUUCUCCUUGCAGUGUAUCAGAAAGGACCAGUGAUGGUGAACAGAGCAAACAAUUCCAGGAGGAAAAAGUGGUUUCCACUAAGACUUUUGACGGUGUUCUAGAUGCUGAAUUAGAUGGACAUGGUAGUUCAAUAGUAGAAGACAAAGUCACUAAUGCCCUUUUAAGCAUGGAAGACUUAAAACGACCAGUUGAAGUUUCCACUUCUAAAUUUGAAGGCGACCACAAAAAUGAGGUGAGUAGGGUGUUAGGUGUUGCUAGUACAGAGCUGAAACCAGCUUCGAUUGUGGCAAAAUCUGAACCUACAGAGGGAAGUGACAAGGAAGAGCUGCAACCAACUGGUUUUAGUCGAGAUUCUGUUGCACGCCAAGGUGGACAGCCUGAUAAAAUAGAUGCAAAAAAUACUAAGCAGGUAGAAAAGCUAAAUUCUGAUCAAGAAGCGGUUGAUGCUUCUGUUAUUGAGGAUAAAGCCAUAUUUGAAUCUAAUUUAGCUAGAAGAAAUCUGAUAAAGGAUGAACCUAGUGUCGAAAAUAACGAUAUUCCUGCACAUGAUCCUGGCGGCGGAUUAUUUACUAAAGAGGCACCUGGAUUUUCUAAUGCGGAAGUGGAGAAAUUUGUGGAAUCAAGAGAAUUUAAAUACUCUGGUGUAGAGGCAGAUAGAACAAAGGACUGUGCAUCCACCAAGGGGGAAACUUCUUCCAGCUCUGCUGCUGCCGCUCCAGAUUCAGCUUCAAAGAUGAAGUUUGACUUAAAUGAAGGUUUCAUUUCUGAUGAGGGGAAAUAUGGGGAGCCAAUCAACUCGAGAGGCCUUGGGUGUUUGUCAAAUGUCCAUAUAAUGAGCCCAUUGCCAUUUGCUGUCUCUUCUGUUUCCAGUAGUCUUCCUGCUUCUGUUACGGUGGCUGCUGCUGCCAAAGGACCUUUUGUCCCACCAGAAGAUCUAUUGAGAGUCAAAGGGGAGUUUGGAUGGAAAGGAUCAGCAGCCACAAGUGCUUUUCGUCCAGCUGAACCCAGAAAAGCACUUGACAUGCAUUCAUGUUCCACGGCCAUCUCUCUUUCUGAAGCUUCUACUAGCAAGCAUGGUCGGCCUCCAUUAGAUAUUGAUCUGAAUGUAGCAGAUGAAAGAACCUUUGAUGACAUAAAUUCUCGGGAUUCUGUUCUAGCGAUAGUAUCUGCGGUGGACCAUAUAACUGAUCUUGUUGCAUCAAAAAGUAAACACCCAGAUUCUCCUGCUGUUCAUAGUUCUGGGGGACUCGAUCUUGAUUUGAAUAGAGUUGAUGAACCUAAUGAUGUAGGGCAAUGCUCCUUGAGUAGCAGUCAUAGAUUAGAGGGUGUAGUGUUACCCUCAAAAUCGAUUUCAUCCGGCGGCUUACCAACUGUAGAAGUCAGGAGGGACUUUGAUUUAAAUAACGGGCCUGGUGUUGAUGAUUCAAGUGUGGAACAGCCUCUAUUCUACCAGAGUCAUCAGGGAAUCUUGCGUUCCCAAUUUAAUGCUUCUAGCCUCAGAAUGAACAAUCCAGAAAUGGGAAACUUAUCGUCUUGGUUUGCUCCUGGGAAUAGUUACUCAACUAUGACAAUUCCAUCAAUUUUGUCUGAUCGUGGGGAGCAGCCGCCGUUUCCAAUAACCCCAUCUGGUGCCCCGCGAAUGUUAGGUCCAGCUGCUGCUGGUCUCCCCUUCACUCCAGAUGUUUUCAGGGGUUCAGUAUUGUCAUCAUCACCUGCUGUGCAAUUUUCACCUUCGCCUUUCCAGUAUCCUGUGUUCCCUUUUGGAACCACUUUCCCACUUCCUUCUGCAACAUAUGCAGUUGGAUCAGCCUCUUAUAUUGAUUCGUCCUCUGGUGGAAGGCUUUUUACUCCGCCUGUGAAUUCACAGUUACUGGGACAUGUAGGUGCUGUGUCAUCUCAAUAUCCAAGGCCUUAUGUGGUUGCAGUUCCUGACGUUAACAGCAAUGGAGCCGGAGACCACAACAGAAAACGGAGCCGGCAAGGUCUGGAUCUGAAUGCAGGUCCUGGAGCUAUGGACUUGGACGGGAAAGAAGAGUCAGUUCCGUUGGCAUCAAGGCAACUUUCUGUUGCUGGCUCACAGGCACAUGCAGACGAGCAUGGGAUGAUGUAUCCUGUGGCUGGGGGUCUACUGAAGAGGAAGGAACCUGAGGGAGGAUGGGACAGCGAGAGCUUCAGGUUCAAGCAAUCAUCAUGGCAGUAGAAACACAAAAUAACUGCGACCUUGGCGACUUUCAAGUUAUUGGAGGAUGGACUCUGUUGGGCUCCUCAAAGUGUCAGCUUCUAGUGUGCUCUCGAGGCUAUGUGAUGUGUCCGAUUACGUUUACUCUAACCACCAUUUCUUUUGGUGUAUGAAUGGAAGGAGAACUUCGAUGGGUUUAUGAGCACUUUGGUCAGCGAUUUUGUCUGGGUGGACGCAGAUGAGUUUCCUCUCUGUAAAUAUUUUAACUGUAGGAAGGCUUGAAAUCUGCAAUACCCAGCAACUGCAGAUAAAUUGUCUUAUCCUGGACCAAAACAUAUAACCAGUGGAGGUUGGGUUUCUGGACCGAGAAAUGGAAGGCCUUUUAUGUUCUUUGUUGCCAAUCAUCUUUCUUGGCAGUUCUGCCCUCUUUUUUUGUGCAAUUACAUAAAUAUAAAGAGGCUGACACCAAAUUUUGGUUCUAGAGCGUCCAUCUGCCAUGCUUUUAUUUGAUGCAGUUGCAUUGUACCUUAAAUUCACUUGGUUCCUAACUUUAGCUUUAGUCUGAUUCACAGAUAAGACUAGUUCAAGGUUAUAUUAUCAAUAGUGUUGCGAGAACCGUGUUUUACCUUCUAGCCAUUAUUUGUGAACCAAAUUAUUCUUGAGAGCUAGGAAAAGAAUACUUUGGUUUAUGUUGAGGAUCCAAAGGGUGUAGAGUUUGGAGCAAAUGUUGGAUAUAGUGGUCUACAAUACUGUUGUGUUUUCUGCCAUCGUGUGGCUGCUGCUAGGGUUGUUUCUAUUUGAAACGGUUUUGAAAGAUUUCA